AUGAUUUAUUACAAGAAUCAAAUUAGGUUGAUGAUUGAAUCUCAACAUGACAUGCGCUGCAACAAGAGAAGGUACUGGCGGCACAUGACGUUAUGGGAGGAGGCCUUUAUAGCUUAUAAAGUUGUGGAGGAGGUGCUAGCAACACGAGAUGCUAUAGAGGAGAUGUUGGAAAUACGCAAUGUUGUAAAAAAGACAUUAAUAUCACAAGAUGUUAUGGAGGAAGUACCAGCAACAUGUGAUGCUGGUAGAGAAGACGCUAGCAGCACACGAGUUGCAAAAAGGAACUAG